AUGAGAAAUUUUGUGAUUACCAACAGUGGGCUGCUGGGCGGUGGGCAGCCAGCUGGACUUUGGAUCGACCUGGGCGUGGGUGCAAGGGAACAGCCUGCUGAUCUAGGGAAUGGCGUGCUGGGCGGGGGCGGUGGGAACGGACUGCUGGGCGGGAGCGAUGGGAACGGCCUGCUGGGCGGUGGGCAGCUCGUGGGCGGUGGGCAGCUCGUGGGCAGUGGGCAACCGGUGGGCAGGGGUAGCCGGUGGGCAGGGGCUUUUUGUAAGAGACCGGUGGGGUUUUGGGAGAAAUUUUGUAACAAUGGUUUCAUUUUAGGAGCAGGGGGUGGUAUAUUCUGGUGUGGGUAA